AAUAAAUUUAAAACUAUAAAAAUGUGAAGUAAUAAUACGACAUAGAAAAUUUAAUGGACUAGAAUAGCUCAUUUGACGUUCGACAUUCAUUGUUCAUCGAGAAUACGAUAUAGUGGCAUAGUACUGUUUAGAAUUAGAAGUUAGAACAAAAAGUAUUUGAUUUGCCGUGCAGGAAGCACACGAUAUUAAGAUAAAAUGAAAAUUCAAAUAAAAUUACCAAUUUUACACAAGCAACUAUUAUAUUUUGAACAUGCAUUAAGGAGAAAUUAUUCAACUGAACAUGGUACAAUACCCCACAAAAUUCUGAAAAGAAUGGAUGCCUGGCAAAUUCACGAAUAUUGUAGUGAAGUACAAUUAACAAAUACUAGAACUCCAAUUAUAAAUUCACCAAAUGAUGUUUUAAUAAAAGUAGAAGCUGCAUCUGUAAAUCCUCUUGAUGUCGCUAUGUCUAAUGGUUAUGGAUCUGAAAUGAUUGGUUUUCUUCGAAAAAUAAGAACUGGGUCCGAAUUGCCAUUAACUUUAGGUAGAGAUUUUUCUGGAAAGGUCAUAUCUAAAGGUUUUAGCCCAUGUAAAAGCAAAGAACUACAAGUAGGACAACAAGUAUGGGGAGUUGUACCUGUCCACUUACAGGGAUCACAUGCAGAGACAGUUCUCGUACCGAAUGCUGUGGUUGCACCCCAGCCUUCGAAUUUAAAUCCAGUUGAAGCUACAUCAUUAAUGUAUGCUGGAGUAACUGCUUGGAGUGCUUUAUAUAUAUUUGGAGGCCUUUUGUUUCGAUCAAUUCAAGGUCGGCGAGCUCUUGUACUUGGUGCAUCUGGAGGAGUAGGAUCCAUUGCUGUUCAAUUGCUUAAAGCUGAAAAUGCUGUGGUGUUUGCUUCAUGUUCUACAGAUGCAAUUCCUUUUGUUCAAACAUUAGGUGCAGAUGUCGUUUAUAAUUACAAUGAUCCUGAUUACGUGGAAAUAGUUAAAUCCAAUGGACCAUAUGACAUAAUAUUGGAUGCGGCUGGUCUAGGACCUGAAGACUACCUAAAAAAUAAUUGGAAUUGUAAUGCUUAUGUAACAUUAACGAUUCCGCUGUUAAAAAAUGGCGAUCAAUAUGGUAUAUUUGGUGGUCUUUUAAGUAGUGCAACACAAUUUGUAUUACCAAAUUUGAAAGCCGUCAGUCAAGGAAGUACAAUACGUUGGGCAUUAUUUCAACCAUUACCUCAAGCUAUUGAACAUAUUGGGAAAUUGGUAUCUAAUGGAAAGUUGAUACCGACUGUGUCUGAAGUGUAUGGAUUUAAUGAUUUACAAAAGGCUUAUGAGAGGGUUGGUAGUGGCCAUUUACGUGGAAAAGUUGUAAUUGAUAUGUUGAAACAAAGCGAUGGAUUGACUCCCGUCAAAGGAGAGCGCGAAGAGAAUACUAAAGAAGAAGGCCAGUAGCACAAACAGGACGAAAAAUGCAAUUCAAUAAAAUAAAAAUAAGUUUUUUUUGCUUAUUAAUGUUUAAUAGAUUGUUAAAAUGUGAUAAAAAAAGUGUUUGUUAUUCCCGA